AUACUGCAAAGGCAACUUCAAAACUGCAGAUAUUCUUUGUUUUUCUGUGUCUUAUUAUGUAACACUCUGCUCUCCUUCCACAACCCAAUACUCCAUUAUCGACCCAGAACUGAGCUCAAUUCUCAGCUCCUUUAGUCUCUUCUCCCACCGUGAGGAGAGCCUCUUUUCCACUGAGAACUAAAUGGCCACCCUGAUUGAGGGCCAGUUUCCGUAUAGAAUUUUGGCUCAGAAGACUUCUUCUUCUUCUUCUGAGAAUGCUAAUCCAGCAGACGCCGUCAUUUUCUUUGGGUUAUGUUUGGUUCUUGGGAUUGCUUCCAGGCAUUUACUGCGUGGAACUAGAGUUCCUUACACUGUUGCUCUGCUCGUCAUUGGCAUUGCUCUUGGAUCCUUAGAAUAUGGUACAAGUCAUCGAUUGGGAAAGAUUGGGGACAGCAUUCGCAUUUGGGCACAUAUUGAUCCUGACCUUUUAUUGGCUGUUUUCCUUCCUGCUCUUCUUUUUGAGAGUUCUUUUUCAAUGGAAAUGCACCAAAUCAAGAGAUGUAUGGCACAAAUGCUUCUACUUGCUGGUCCAGGAGUGCUUAUCUCAACAUUCUGUCUUGGAUCUGCUCUGAAGCUUGCUUUUCCAUAUAACUGGAGCUGGAAAACAUCAUUGUUGCUGGGCGGACUUCUGAGUGCUACUGACCCUGUGGCUGUUGUUGCUUUGUUGAAAGAUCUUGGUGCAAGCAAAAAAUUGAGUACAAUUAUUGAAGGAGAGUCCUUGAUGAAUGAUGGGACGGCAAUUGUGGUCUAUCAGUUAUUUUAUCGAAUGGUCAUUGGAGAAAGCUCCAGCUGGGGUGGGAUAGCCAAAUUUCUGGUAGAAGUCUGUCUUGGAGCUGUAGGCAUUGGUCUUGCCUUUGGAAUUGCAUCUGUUCUGUGGCUUGGAUAUAUUUUCAAUGACACAGUGAUAGAAAUUGCAUUGACACUUGCUGUGAGCUACAUUGCUUACUUUACUGCGCAAGAGGGUGCUGGUGUUUCUGGUGUUUUGGCAGUGAUGACUUUGGGAAUGUUUUACUCUGCAGCUGCUAGGGCUGCUUUCAAGGGUGAUGGUCAACAAAGCUUGCAUCACUUCUGGGAAAUGGUUGCAUAUAUUGCAAAUACAUUAAUUUUCAUCUUGAGUGGUGUUGUCAUAGCUGAAGGUGUUCUUAGCAGUGAAAAUAUUUUUCACAACCACGAUAGCAACAACUUUGGCACUUUGAUGCAAUUUUUUCAAGUUUCCUUUAUCUGUAGCGUCGAAGUGAUGAAAGUUCUACGGUCACAUGGUUUCUCUCUCUGUUUAAUGAAUGUGAAGAAACUUGCUUUCUUAAGGUAUCAGAUGACACUUGUGAUUUCUGUUCCAGGAAAUUCAUGGGGCUACCUAUUUCUUCUAUACAUUUAUGUGCAAGUAUCUCGGUUAGUUGUAGUUGGAGUAUUGUAUCCAUUUUUACAAUAUUUCGGCUAUGGUUUAGAUUGGAAGGAAGCAACUAUUCUUGUUUGGUCAGGUUUACGGGGAGCUGUUGCGUUAUCACUCUCACUAUCUGUUAAGCGCACUAGUGACAGCUCAACAUGUCUCACGUCUGAAAUGGGAACUCUGUUUGUUUUCUUCACCGGUGGAAUUGUAUUUUUGACACUUAUUGUGAAUGGAUCAGCUACACAGUUUAUUUUGUGUCUUCUAGAUAUGGAUAAGCUAUCAGCUGCCAAGAGACGUAUAUUGGAAUAUACAAAGUAUGAAAUGUUGAACAAAGCACUAGCAGCCUUUGGUGACCUUGGAGAUGAUGAGGAACUUGGACCUGCUGACUGGCCAAAUGUUAAAAGAUAUAUUGCAAGCUUAGAUAAUUUGGAGGGAUGUGUAGACCCUAAAAAUGCUACUGAAUCUGAAAAUAAUCUAGACCCAACAAAUUUGGAGGAUAUUCGUGUACGCCUUCUAAAUGGUGUCCAAUCUGCUUACUGGAGAAUGCUCGAUGAGGGAAGAAUAACGCAAAUCACUGCAAAUAUUUUGAUGCAAUCCAUAGAUGAAGCAAUUGACUUGGCUAUUGGGCCUUUGUGUGAUUGGAAAGGCUUAAAAGCUAAUGUUCAUUUCCCAAGUUAUUACAGGUCUUGCCCACGGAAACUGAUUACUUAUUUCAUCAUAGGGAGAUUGGAAUCUGCUUGCUAUAUUUGUGCUGCAUUUCUCCGUGCCCACAGAAUUGCACGAUGGCAACUGCAUGACUUUUUAGGUGACAAUGAACUUGCUUCUAAGGUUAUUAAUGAAAGUGAGGCAGAAGGAAAAGAAGCGAGAGAAUUCUUAGAAGAUGUUCGUGGUACAUUUCCUGAGGUUUUGCGUGUUCUGAAAACUAGACAAGUAACUCAUUCGGUGCUGAGACAUUUAAUCAAUUAUGUUCAAAGUCUGGGGAUGGUUGGAUUGUUGGAAGAAAAGGAGAUGCUUCAUCUUCAUGAUGCAGUCCAGGCAGACUUGAAAAGGCUUCUAAGGGAUCCUCCUUUAGUAAAUAUUCCCAAAAUAACCGAUCUGAUUAGCAACCAUCCUUUGUUGGGGGCCCUUCCUCCUACAGUAUGUGAACCGCUUGUAGGUUCCACCAAAAGAACAAUGAAGCCACGUGGUUCACGCCUUUACAAACAAGGCUCCAAAUCAACUGGAGUUUGGCUUAUUUCUAAUGGUGUUGUCAAGUGGAGUAACAACACAAGGAACAGGCACUCUCUGCACCCAACUUUUACACAUGGGAGCACACUAGGCAUAUACGAAGUGUUAGCUAGGAAGCCUUACAUCUGUGACAUGAUAACAGAUUCUGUGGUUCUCUGCUUUUUUGUUAAAAGUGAGAAAAUACUUUCAGCAGCAGAGUCAGAUGCCAAUGUGGAAGACUUCAUGUGGAAGGAAAGUGCUAUCAUACUCGCCAAAAUUUUGCUUCCUCAAGUAUUUGAAGAAAUGUCUAUGCAAGAUUUGAGAACUCUUGUUUCAGAAAGGUCAAUGAUAUAUACACACUUAGGGGGAGAAAUACUUGAAAUACCUAAUAAUUCAAUUGGCUUUCUCUUAGAAGGACGUGUAAGAACCCAUGGUUUUCAAGAAGAAUUGAUUACAUCACCUGCUGCACUAUUGCCUCCACGGAGAAAUCAGAGCUUUGGAAAUGCAAAUGGAAUUCAUAGCAUCCAAAAUGAAGAAAUUGAUGGUGCCGAGACAGCCAGCUUAUCUCAUCAAAGAUCCUGGUAUCAAGUUGAUGAGAAAGUGAGAAUGAUAACUUUUGACAUGGCAGCUUUUGAGGCAGAUAGGGCUCUGCUGAGAAGGUCAUCUUCUUUGGUACCACAUACAGGUGAUCAUCCCCAUAAACCUCUAAGCAGAGAGCAUGGUCUUAUGAGUUGGCCUGAAAAUUUUUACAAGUCAAAACUGCACCAACGGAAUCUUAUAAGUGGAGUAGUAAGUAGCUUGCCUGCAAGAGCAAUGCAGCUGAGCAUUUUUGGCAGCAUGGUUGACUGGGAAUGGCGUAGCCAACGUUCUUCAAGCAGUCUAGUCAAUCGAUCCCAUAGCAUGCCAUUCUCAAGAACUGCAUCACUUCAAGGUCGUCCUGUAGUUUCUGUCAGAUCAGAAGGAUCUACUACUUUAAGCAAGAACCUUCAAGUGCGAAGGUUUUCACGGUAUGUUCUUGCUCCACCACCAAAGAGGACAGACGCAAAUGAGAGCCAUGCCUUGGAUGAUUCCAGUGACGAAUCUGGUGAUGAAGACAAUCACGUUAUAAGAAUUGACUCACCAAGUAGGCUUUCUUUUCACUUGGCUCCUUAAAUUUGCAUCGUGAAUUAUCCCCAUUGUAGAUGUAAUAUGCAAACAUGAAUUUUGAUGUUCCUAUGGUAUUUAGCUUAACUCACUUAUGUACCUUUGCCUCCAAUUAUGAUAAGGCAUGCCAGCAUCCUUGUUUCUGAUAAUAGGAGAAUGUUGAGGAAUUAAUCUUAUGGUACAUACCAUUGAAUAA